CACACGUUUUAAAAGUCAUCUUUUUUUCUAGCUCCACUUUCUCCUCUCGCCUCCUUUUCCAGCUCUCCGGCUAGCUCGGAGGCUAAUCCGUUGGCAUCGCUGGAUGCUAAUUAGCCUGCUAGCUUUCCCAAUUAGCCACGAUUGAGCCGAUUACAUGAGCACAAGAAACUCGCUUUUUAAUCCGCUAAAGUCUAAAUACUCCAAAUAAUCACACAAAAAGAAGUGCACAUAGAUAUGUUAAAAAACUCUUAAAUUAGGUUAAAUCUCCUAAACACAUUUGUCUUUUCACAUAUGUUAUAUGUGUGUCUCCUAAACUUGAAUUAUGACCGAUUUAUGUGUCAUUAAAUUUCAGUUAAACUGAAGAUUGCUAUCUGUUCUAUAUCAAGUCUGAUGUUUACAGAUUGUCCAUGAAGGCACUCGUUAAAUCAAGUGUUAUAAUUAGGGACUCACUGAUAUUACACCUUUGUACAACUAAGAACUUUAAAAAACUAAAAUAAUUCAACAAAUAAAUAAUUUAUACUUCUGUCUUGUUUUUGAUGUGUGCGCAUAAUGGGGCUAAUGAUGCUCACUUCAUUUUAAAGAUGUAAUCCCAACUUUGAUGUGUACACUUAGUUGUUGUGUAUGCUGCUGUGUGAUCUGAUUUAAAAAAAAAUGUUUACAUGCGAGCGCCUCCCACCAGAAAUUUCAUCAAGAAGGCGAGGAGAUUGACAAAGGACCGAGAUGCAAAGACGAUCGAGAUUGAUCUAUAACCCAAGUCCAUUUUCACCCCCCAACCCCUCACCUGUACUGCGUAUUUGGAAUAACACGUCAACAGGUCAAAUUAAUUAUGGACACAAUAUACAAGCAUUAAAGGCAAAUGCUUUCACACUUUAUUUGAAUAGAGCCACACACCACGAAAGACCCCCCCUCACCCCUGCACAACACAGUCCCAACCCAAACACUGCACCGAGGCGACCGGCCACCAACCUCAACAAGGGCAAGACCCGCACCUGUCCGCUGCCGCCGCCGGGUACUAGCACACCCCGCCAGCCGUAGCCGCUCCCCCACCGGUCCCCGACACCCCUUCCGCAACGGACCGCAACGACUUCGGGAGAACCGGAAUGCCAGCCGGCCCCGGAUGCCCAACCCCAAGGGGAAUCCCACCCCUCCCCCCCACCCCACUCCAUCCCACCCAAAACCAGCUGUAGGCCAGUGGGCAGAACAGGGCCAGAAGGCGGGCCCGACCCAGGCGGGAGGCGCUGACAGCACACCGUGAGCCCCAAGUUAGCCGGGGACCCCGGACAGCCUGAGGGAGAGAAGGGAGACAACUGCGGCGGCGCGUCCCGGGGAGAGGGAAGAGGGGCACCACCCCGGUGUGGAGGUGAUGAGGUGUGAAGAUGGAGGUUCCUGAGUAUUUGGACUUGGAUGAGAUUGACUUCUCCGACGACACUGUGUAUUCCGUCUCAUCCCUGAAGAACAUUCCGGAAUUGUCUAGACGGAACGAUGCGCAGGCUGAGGAGAGAACUGCUCCCUCCAUCAACUGGAGUCGCGGUGUGGCGUCCCAGAUGGGCGUGGUGGGAAUCAAACCCGCAGGCGUGACUGAAGCGCACAGCAAAUUCCGUCCCGUGAAGCGAGUUUCUCCUCUCAAGCAUCACCCCGAGACCAGAGAGGAGCCUCCGGGCUGGGACUCCAAGGUCCAAGACCAAGACCAGGACCGAGGAGCUGCAAACGCCAGGCUAGCCGCUAAGGACCACAAGUUGCCUCCCAAUGCGACGGGUGGAAAGCUGGUGGACAGCACUGGUGCGGGUUCAUAUAAGCGUGCCCACCAGGGGCUCAACCAGGGAGUCCUCGGGGAGCUGGAGCACUAUGACCUGGACAUGGACGAGAUCCUGGACGUGCCGUUCAUCAAGUCGUCCGGCCAGCAGAUGUCGACGCUUCCGAGAGCCCUGGACAAACGGGUCAUGAGCGCAGGCGACGUGGGCGGAGCCACGCUGGAGCGACAACGCCGGCAAAACAAGAAAAACAACAAAGAGGACGUCGACAGCAACAACGCAGCAGCACAGAUGUGCACCCUUUCCCCCCUGAAGUGGUCGGACCUGAGGAAGUCCAAGUCCCUGGAUCCUGACCUGCAGCACCUUCCUCGUUCUCAGUCUUCAGGAGGCCUCCAGCAUCAUCUUCACCAUCAUCAUCAUCAGGAGGUGGCGCUCUCCUCUUCAUCCUCGCUGCUCAGCUGCUCCUCGUCACUCUCCUCCUUCCUUGAGGGAGACAAGCUGCUGUCAGCCAGGGUGUAUCCAGAAGCACAGAACCUCAACCAGAAUCAAAGGCCGGGCCUGGAGCCUCCAGUAGGGGGAGCCGGCGUCUUGUUUCCCCUGCUGGCCAAGCAGGACUCUUCCAAGCCGUGGAGCCCUGCAAGCGGACAACAUGGAGGAGCAUCAGGAGGAGUAAGGGGGGGAGGCGCAGAGGUGGAUGAGGAGAGCAAGAAGAAGCACAACAUCAUAAACAUCGUGAGGGAAGGUCAAAUCUCACUUCUGCCUCACUUGGCUGCUGACAACCUUUCGCUGAUCCGCGACGAGGUGGGCAACAACCUUCUUCACGUGUCGGCGUCUCAGGGCCACGCCGAGUGUCUCCAGCAUCUCACGUCUCUGAUGGGAGAGGACGGACUUAACGAACGCAACCAGCAGCAGCUUACGCCCGCGGGGCUCGCCGUCAAGAACGGUCACCUGGAGUGUGUGCGUUGGAUGGUGAGCGAGACCGAGGCCAUCGCUGAGCUGAGCUGCACCAGAGAACAUCCAAGCCUGAUACACUAUGCCGCUCGCUAUGGACAGGAGAAGGUGUUGCUGUGGCUGCUCCAGUUCAUGCAGGAACAGGCCAUCUCUCUGGAUGAGGUGGACCACAACGGCAACACAGGCGUACACGUGGCGGCACAGUAUGGACACCUCACGUGCAUACAGACGCUGGUGGAGUACGGUUCCAACGUGACGGUGUUGAACCAGCACGGCGAGCGACCCUCACAGCUGGCGGAGCGUCAAGGUCACAGCCCAUGCGCUCGCUACCUGGUCGUCGUGGAAACGUGCAUGUCCUUAGCGUCACAGGUCGUCAAGCUGACCAAGCAGCUCACCGAACAAGCAGCUGAGAAGGCAACACUACAGAAACAACUACACAAACUUGACACCAGCUCUAAUCCAUCUGGCAUCGAGGCAUGGCCUGAGAUGAUGUUAAGCGUGGAGGGGACUUCUGUGGAUGGCGAUUGGCUCGUGCGCCAGGAGACGGGGCUGCGAAAAGAUCCCUGCGAACCGUCAAGGGCCGGGGGUGCUGGGGCGGCGGCCGUGGGGGGUCCAAGCCGGGAGGGUGUCCGGCGUAGCGGUACGGGGGCAUCGGCGGAGAAGCGCGAGCAGAAGCUGGCGCGUCUGAAGCAGAUGAUGCAACGCUCACUCAGUGAAUCGGAUUCCGACGCCCCCCCGAGACCAGAUAGGCCCACACACCUGCCAAUCAAUGAUGAGGAACCCGCCUCUAAGCACCUCCACCUGGUGAUGAGGAAGCACCUCCCCUUGGCCGACAGGAAGCCUAUCUCCAAACCGGUCAACGGCGUGGCCUUCACCCCCUCGGAGGCCGUGGACGCCACGGGGGAGACGGACGCCGCUGCCAGCCCCCCCAAGGCGGCAGCCACCAGCCCCAAGAGCGCCCUCAAGUCACCGUCGUCGCGCAGAAAGACAGCGCACAGCCUCAAGCUCAGGGUCACCUUCAAUGAGCACUUGCACCAAGAGGCGGAGCCUAUCAGGGCUCCGCCCACCACCAAGGAGGCUACGUCCACAGGAAGCUCAGAGGCCAAGAGGCCCUUCGGGGCACUCAGGUCCAUCAUGGAGACGCUCAGCGGAAACGCAAACAACAACAACAACACGCACAACACAACACACAACCAGCUCAAGAACAAGAACAGAAGCACUAAUGUUUGAACACAACUUUAUUCAUGGCGACACCUUUUUAAACAACUUUAUUUAAAGCACGCUGUCACAUGAUUUGUCGUUAUGGCAACACUAUUCAGGAUCUUAAAACAACUUUAAACCAAACUGUCGUCAAAUGAGGCUGUCGUGUGUCCUAUCACUAUAACAACAACACUAUCCAUGAUGUCACCUGUUUUUUUAAAUAUUUAAACACUUUAGUCAUGAUGUCAUUUUUUUUUAAGGACCAAGUUUUUUUUCACACAACUUUAUUUAAACAAAGCUGUCUCGAUAUGCAGCGCCCCCUAAUGGUCUCCAAGCUGACCACACUUGCAUCACAGCCUCCAGUCCACAAGGGAGUGAACCCACCAACUAAGCAAUUAUGUCACCAAAUCCAUUGCAUCAAGCCGAAGCCGGUGGGCAAAUGUGCGCCCUGCAGUGGUUGGCAUGACAUUGGAGCAAUCUGAUUGGACGCCUUGACGCACGUGAGUUAGCGCCGCCGAUGCUAAAAGCGUGGUGGUCAUAUGAUAAAAUGGCGCCGAUGCUAAAAGCUUGGUGGUCAUAGGAUAAAAUGAACAUGUCACGCACAUUUUUUUUUUCAUCAUGAGGAAAAAAAAUUAGACAAAUGAGCUGAAGUAUUGCAACAAAUGUUAGCACUCUUUUUAUUAACCAAAACAAAGGUUUACUUGUAUUUCUUGUGUGACUUUUGCUCUUUAAUUGCAGAUCAAUGUUUGACACUAUCAUCCAACCAGGCUAGCAGCUAGCCACAUUAGCAUUUUGUUGGUAUCAUGCUUGUUAGUUCUUAGCUUGUGUGACUCAGUCCCACUGUUUAAGUUAGCAUUUAAUCAGUGACUGUUUAUCAUAGAUAUGAAUAGGUAGAUGCAACACAAUCCUUUAGAGCGCAUUACAUGUGUGUGGACAGCAAGAUUACCAAAAGACCAAGGAUGCCGAUACAACGUGCUGCAUAGUUGUGUACAAUGCGGUACAAAUACUGCAAGGAAAGUGGGGGAAACCUUUAACAGGUACAAAUAUUUUUUGGGCUUUUUUUCCCCCCUUUCUUUCAAAUGUUCUUUAUUGAUAGGACACGCUUUGACAAUGACAAAAAAGUAAACAUGAAAAUCGGUUGAGUAAUGAGCAAGUUAUGACUUACUUUCCAUGUCCAUGAAUUGCCUUUGAGAGGAACGUCGACCUCCCCAACAUGGCCAUCACGUAGGUACGUCUGUUAGUAGGGCUGCUAGAGCACGCUGGCGUACUUUUUAUAGUCGUAAUAUCUAUGCUGUUGAUCUUAUGUUAGCAUAUAGCCUGUGUGCUUCCUUGUUUUUGGGUUAGCAUUUAGCCAGUGACUGCCAGUUUUUAGCUCCUGUUAGUGUACAGCCUUUAACUAGAUAUAUGGUCUCUCGUGCUGUCCAAUCGAUGAGGUUGAAUUUAUCACUUUGACUUGCGUGCCAGCCCUUCCCGCCAUUGUGCCCCCACAGGUGUCGAUGUCGAAAACUAGCAUGUUGUGUUUUGUCCCCUCCCGCUAAAGCUCAUUUGGCUAAUUGUCACGUUUCAUAUUCGCAUGUGAUGGAGGGCACCAUUAGGCCGGCACCCCCGUGGGAGUGGGGGGAAAGUUGGGGGGGGUUGGCAUUAAAGGCCAAUUUGCCAGGCAGACAUCAUCAAUUGAGCCUGCUAAGUGGAUCUUUUUGACGCCUUUAAAGAAGCGCAGAGCUCAAACCGCUCGGAGCAUCAAUCUCACUAGCUCGCAGCUUUUAGCGGCUUAGCAAAUGUCUCGGUGGACUUUUCAAAGAUUUGUGAUGGUGAAAACAUUUUUCACUUUGAACACAAAAAGAUGAGUUCAGUUUUCACUUGGUGAUCCACAGCAGGGCCUAGCUCGCUAAUCGUUAGCCCGCCUCUAAAGGAUGACAAUGACGACUCAUCCCCACACGACAGCAACGUCAAUAAGGCCUUGUCUGGCAUGCUAAUGUGGUUAGUUGCUAGACUGUAAACGGAUUACAAACAUCCUAAAGAGAGAAAUAUCUUACCUUGGAACAUAACAAUAUGCUAUGGUGGCUAGCUGCGAGCCUGACAGUAUAAUACUGACAUGCUACUGUUAAUCCAGAACCAACAGCAUGCUAAUGUGACAAGCUGCUCGCUUGACAGCGUGAUACCAACAACAUGCUAAUGUGGCUAACCACAGGCUAAACGCUAACAUAAACUAAGCAUUGGGAGUCCCACAGGCUGUUAACAUAAGCUAAAGCACUCCGUAUCACUGGCUAAAUGCUAGCAAGCUAAACACUAUGAAUCACUAGCCAAAUGCUAACAUAAGCGAAACAUUGGGAGCCACCGGGACGAAUCCAACAAGCGGAAACAUGCAAAACGAAGCAGGAGCCACAGAGGCUAAACCAGUGAUUGUCAAAGUGUGAUACUAAUACAACUAGUGCUACGCAGGCUCUUUCUGGUGGUACGCAAAAUAGUUCAGUUGUAUUAAAAUUUUUAGUACACCUACAAUACAUUUGCAUUUUUAAGAACUGAUUGUUUUUACACAUCCAUCCAUCCAUCCAUCUUCUGAGCUGCUUCUCCUCACUAGGGUCGCGUGCUGCUGGAGCCUAUCCCAGCUAUCAUCGGGCAGGAGGCGGGGUACACCCUGAACUGGUUGCCAGCCAAUUGCAAGGCACAUACAAACAACCAACCAUUCGCACUCACAUUCACACCUACCGGCAAUUUAGAGUCUCCAAUUCAUGCAUGUUUUUGGGAUGUGGGAGGAAACCACGCAGGCAUGGGGAGAACAUGCAAACUCCACACAGGAGGGCCGGGGAUUGAACCCCGGUCCUCAGAACUGUGAGGCAGACGCUCUAACCAGUUGUUCACCGUGCCGCCUGUUUUUACACAUUUAGGCAAAAUUUUUAUUUAACUUUUACAUGCAAUAGAUUUUAAUCCAUUUUAGCAGUUUUUAUUUUCCUGUGUGUUAAUGCUCUAAAUGUUCCUACUUCCAUUUUGUUUUAAAUAAACUUCAAUCAAUCAAAAAACUGCCAAAUGCUACAGGGGCUUAUGAUAUGAAAUAUACUUUUUUGGAAUAAAGAACGGUCUUGUUUUUU